GUGGAUUUUGGGCCGAAAUCUAAGAGAGGCUAGUGGAUGUAGGCUUUAAACAAAAUGGAGCCCACGAGCCCAUAGUGAGGACUCAUCUUCCUCAGCUGCCCAGUCAUUUUUCUGCAACCCUCAGCAAAAUAAGUUCUCGAGUCUUAAAACUACAGCAACUGCCAUUCUCAAAAACUACUUCUCGAGCUUGGAAUCAAUUUUUCAUGAUCCGAUUUUUGAAAAUAUGACGUUGCUGAAGAGGUAUGUGUUGAGAUUGUUCAUAUCAUUGAAGUACAUCACUGCAAAUGUGGUAGACAGAAACAACGGACGAAUAGUAGCAACAGCAUCAACAGUAGAACAUUCAAUGAAACAGUCACUGGAAUGCGGUAGAACUUGCAAUGCAAAGGCUGCAGCAGUUGUAGGAGAAGUGUUGGCAAUGCGUCUCAAAGUGGAGGGUCUUGAUCAGGGACAAGGAAAUGGGAUCCAUGUCAAUGUAAAUAAGGAGGUUGAGAAGAAAGGUUUCAAGAAUCAGACAAAAGUUUGGGCUAUAGUUAACGGCCUUAAGAACAAUGGAGUGAAACUUAUUUUGGAUGACAAUGAAAAUGAUAGUUCUCGCCCCAGCUACCACUAAACGAUCCCCUCUUGCACAUUCUUAAGACUAUGAUCUCAAUAACAAGAGUUGAAGAAGAUGGGAGUGAUGUGCCUGGUUAUAGAGAAUAAGACUAACAGGUGCUCGAAAUGGUUAGCUGGAAACAGGUUUAAGGCUAAAUUUUCAUGUUCUUCCGGGCUUAAGUUGGGGAAAAAUGGACACAAAAACAGGACAUGUCAUCUCUCUCUUUUCUCGCUACUGUUUUUACCAGUUUGUUCAGCGUCUAUCUAAAGUUCUGUCAUUAAGUUAACUUAAAGAAAUUGUUGUAUCCAGUGUUAGAAUUUGUGUUGUAAAUUUGUACAUAAAUCAUUACUGGAGACAAUAGGUGGCCUUAUUUUGAAUAGUGUGUUUUAGUUGUUACAC